GCGGGGCUCCCGUUACGCUUCAUCUAGGCUGUCUUGGGGGGUUCAGUCUUGCGGAGUUGGUCUUGGUCUUGGUCUUGGUCUUGGUCUUGGUCUUGGUCUUGGGGUUCGUUUGAGCCUUGGGGAUUCCUGGAUACAUUCAUUUCAUCAUCUAAAAAUGGAACAACGAGUAAAAGACCACCGAUGCAGACAAUAAGUCUUACUACACAGAUUCUACAUAUACCGAGUCUAUCUAUGUAAGUAGGCCAUUUCCAGAUUUAUACCAGCGACAGCUCUCCUCUGCUCACCUCCCAGAAGAAUCUUAUACCACAACCAAUCAACAACCUCCUAAUCCACAAUUCUUACUCUGCUCCCACAACUUCCCCUUCCCCUUCCCCGACCUUGCUGAUUCUCGCGCUGCACUGUUUUGAGCUACAGUACUCAAUUCAUGGAUCACCAUCCUAUUUGCCAGCCCAUCUUUAGACUCCAAGAUACCGACUCUGCCAAUGUCAAUGUGCCAGUAGCCCCCAAAAUAUCUGAAGCGGCCGACAGCGGAUCAUAUACCAAAACUGCAGUGCAUCAAAAAUACGGAGUAACCAUUCAUUCCCCUGACCUUGUUUGUUUGGCACGGUACGAAAGGUAACCAGAGCCCGUGGCUGGAGAAAGAGUGAGGAGAUUAUUCCACGAUUGAUUGAUCGAUUGAUUGAUUGAAUAAUUGAUUGCCUGCUUGCUUGAUUGAUCACUCGCUCAGCUUAAAAUCUAGCAUUUCCUUCAUAUUUUAACACUUCACUUUUUUCAUCUCAUUCUUUUCUUGAAAG